AAUAGUCACCCACCACACGACCACCCGUGCUGUGUUGUUCCGUGUGUUUACUCAGCAGUAGUCAUGUCUGAUUUCUUUCAAAACAUAAAGCGGGGAGUGAAGGAGUACGCCCGGAGCAGCAGGACGUCGGACGGCCGGUCCACACUUCACAUAGCAGUGCUCACCAACUCCUGCUCCCCAGUACAGACCCUGCUGGACGCUGGGGUGGACAGGUUCGCUCAGGAUAGAGCGGGGAACACGGCACUACACGUAGCAGCUGCCGAGGGUGCCGGAGUGGCACUCAGGACUCUGCUCACUUACGAACCAAGGAACCUUACUCCUGAUCCUGUGGGCUUUGAGGGCGAGGAGGUUUCUCUGCCUCCUCCGGCACGAUCUGUCGCUGAAAUGGUAGAUCUAAAGAACUUGAAGGGAGAAACAGCCCUACAUUUAGCUUGCAGAGCUAACAGUUUGACUUGUAUUGAAGUACUGCUAGAGAACGCCUCUGACAUGUACAAUAUGACAUGUGAAGGGAAGCAGCCAGUCCACUACGCUGUUAAAUACGACAGCGUGGAAAGUGCUACCCACCUUCUUAUGAAGGAUAUCGGGUUAGCUCACACUGAUUCUAACGACGAGCCCCUUAUCCACCUGGCUGCUUCAAAGGAGAUGGUGGAGUUACUGGUAAAGUACGGGGUAGAUGCUAAUGCUAGGGACUGUACUGGCCUCACUGCACUUCACACUGCUGUUAAGAACAAGAACUUCCAGCUUCUCAUGGCACUGCUUCUCUCAGGGUGCCCUGUUGAUCUGGUCGACUCAGAGGGGAACACUGCGCUGCACACUUGUGUCUCUCAGAAUGUUGAACAUGACUUCCCCAAGACACUAGUAGUGUUUGGUGCUCCGUUAGAAGCUAAGAAUAACAAAGGUAACACAGCGUACCAGACAGCUGAACAGGCUUGUAAUGAGGAAUAUGUGAGUUUGUUGACUGAGGUUGGGGGUCAUGAUGAUCUGUUCCUGGCUAGGGGGGACAGGGAGGGUAAAGUUAGGACCCCUCACGAACGUGAUCACCCGAGGAAACGUCCAAAUUGGGGGGCUAAAGACGCGGCUGUUCUCUGUAUUGAUGGUGGUGGGAUGAAGGGGCUGGUUGCUAUUCAGAUUCUCUUAGAGAUAGAGAAGUGCACUCAGACGAGUAUAGUGGACCUGUUUGAUUGGGUGUCAGGAUCUAGCAUUGGGUCCCUUGUUGUCCUCGCUCAGAAACACGCUGUCAUGGACAACACUAUUAGGGGGAUGCAGAGAGUUCUCUUCGAUUUGAAGAACAGGGUAUUCGAAGGGUCCAGACCUUACAAGUCAGAUAAUUUAGAAGCCAUCACCAAAGAGAUUGUAGGACCAGAGACCAAGAUGUUAGACUCCUUUUACCCGCGUAUAGUGAUCACCACGACAGUAGGUGAUGUAAGACCUUGUGAGCUGCACUUGUUCACAAACUACGGAACUGAUAAUGAGUACGCUUGGAAAGCUGCCAGAGCUUCAGGUGCUGCCCCAACUUACUUCUCACCUUUUGAAAACAAGUAUCUAGACGGAGGUGUCAUGUCAAACAACCCCACUCUGGACACUCUGGUGGAAAUGAGAAAGUUUUACAACAGAUCUGAUUCAGAUGAGCCUUGUCAGCCUAAAAUAGUUAUCUCCGUAGGGACGAGUUUAGUCCGUCCAGUGCAGGUUAAGGAUCUAGACGUAGGGUUCCGCCCUAAGAACCCCAUGGAAGCAGCCAAGUUCGCCAGCAGCGCUCUAGAGAUGUUCAGUACGUUGAUAGAGCAGUGUGCACUGUGUGAUGGUCCCAUAGUGGAACAAUGCAGGUACUGGUGCGAUAGUGUGGGGAGUGAGUAUUACAGACUUCAGCCUGACAUUCAGUCUGUCACGGCCAUGGACGAGAAGAGUGAUUCAGUUCUAGUUCAGAUGUGUUGGGAGACGUGUUCCUGGGUUUAUAAAAGCAGUGACGUGUUUGUUAUGUUAGCUGAUGCGCUGUAUUCGGGAACUUGAUGCGCUGUAUUCGGGAACUUGAUGUGUCAUAUUCGGGAACUUGAUGCGUUUUAUUCGGGAACUUGAUGUGUUGUAUUCGGGAACUUGAUGCACUGUAUUCGGGAACUUGAUGCGCUGUAUUCGGGAACUUGAUGCGCUGUAUUCGGGAACUUGAUGCGCUGUAUUCGUGAACUUGAUGCGUUGUAUUCGGGAACUUGAUGUGUCGUAUUCGGGAACUUGAUGUGUCGUAUUCGGGAACUUGAUGUGCUGUAUUCGGGAACUUGUUGUGUCGUAUUCGGGAACUUGAUGCGUUUUAUUCGGGAACUUGAGGCGUUUUAUUCGGGAACUUGAUGCGUUGUAUUCGGGAACUUGAUGCGCUGUAUUCGGGAACUUGAUGUGUCGUAUUCGGGAACUUGAUGCGUUUUAUUCGGGAACUUGAUGUGUUGUAUUCGGGAACUUGAUGCACUGUAUUCGGGAACUUGAUGCGCUGUAUUCGGGAACUUGAUGCGCUGUAUUCGGGAACUUGAUGCGCUGUAUUCGGGAACUUGAUGCGUUGUAUUCGGGAACUUGAUGUGUCGUAUUCGGGAACUUGAUGUGUUGUAUUCGGGAACUUGAUGUGCUGUAGUCGGGAACUUGAUGUGUCGUAUUCGGGAACUUGAUGCGUUUUAUUCGGGAACUUGAGGCGUUUUAUUCGGGAACUUGAUGCGUUGUAUUCGGGAACUUGAUGCGUUGUAUUCGGGAACUCAGCAUUUUGAUCGUGACAGAGUUUCAGGUUUCUAGCCAGGCUAGAUUAAGAUGACAAAGUUUCUUUGUGUGUUAUUUGAUUUUAAAUUCAGUCGAAUUAGUUGUAAUUUUAUAAUACGUUUGAUAAACGAGCACAGAUAUUUUCUUUGUUUCAUUAUCACGCCCGAAUUGCAAUAUUCAGUCGACUAGAUUAAUUAUCAUGAUUAAUUUACAAUUUUCUUAAGUUGGCGCCGUAGCAUUGUUUACCAACUUUUGCAAUUAAGUAACCUAUUGUUAUUUUUUAUAUAGACAGAUCUGAUUAGACAGCUUGUCUCACACUAGAAUAAGUGGUAAAUAUGCAGUUUGGUCUAAGCUUCAUGUACUUGCAGUUACUUGUACAAACUUGCAGAGAAAUAAAUGAAAGCAAUCCAUAUUUGGCUUUAGUAUCAUUAACCUUUUAAAAUUGUUCCAAAAGUGAUGCGAAGCAUUAUACGUUAUAUGUAUAUAACGUAUAACGGUAUAUACCGUGUAUACACGGUUAAUAGAGUGAAGAUUAAUAAUCAAAAUUGAUAUGAUUACUAGUGGUGUCUGCAGUUGCUACUGCUGCAAAUAGA